GGAACAUCUUUAAACUCCUCAGAGCGCAGAUGGAGGCGGGAACCGGCCGCCGUCACACGGAGCUUUAAUUAGCAAUCAGAAACUGAGCUCCGAGUCUGCACGUGCUGAUGGCGCAAAGGUAUGAUGACUUGGCGCAUUACAGCAGCAUGAUGGAUGGCGUGGGUGUAUACGGAGACCCACACACACAUCACCACCUGAACCAUGCUCCUCCCCCUCCGACUCCUCACACCAAUCAGCCAUACGUGACAUCACAUGGGCUCAUGGCGGGGAUCAUGAGCGCUAACGAUGGACUGAAAAGAGACAAGGAUCAGAUUUAUGGACAUCCUCUGUUCCCGUUAUUGGCCCUGGUGUUUGAGAAGUGUGAGUUAGCGACAUGUACACCGCGGGACCCGGGCGGGGCCGGAGGAGACGUAUGUUCAUCAGACUCCUUUAACGAAGACAUCACCGUGUUUGCCAAACAGAUGCGAGCAGAGAAACCAAUAUUCUCAUCUAAUCCAGAACUAGACAAUCUGAUGAUUCAAGCAAUACAAGUGUUAAGGUUUCACCUCCUGGAACUGGAGAAGGUCCACGAGCUAUGUGAUAAUUUUUGUCACCGCUACAUUAGCUGUCUAAAAGGAAAGAUGCCAAUUGACCUAGUUAUUGAUGACCGGGAUGGAUGCAAGUCGGACUUUGAUGAUCUAACGUCUACGCAUAUAUCAGAUCAUAACACAGCAUCAUGGAGAGAUUUGGAUGACAAUCGCUCCACUCCUUCCAUCGGCACACCGGGACCGUCCAGCGGCGGCCAUGUUUCUCACAGUGGGGACAACAGCAGUGACCUGGGAGACGGGCUGGAGGGCAGCUUGGCUUCUCCAGGAACAGGGGAUGAAGAUGACCCUGAUAAGAAGCGACAGAAGAAGAGAGGGAUUUUUCCCAAAGUGGCAACUAACAUUAUGCGGGCGUGGCUCUUCCAGCACCUCACACAUCCUUAUCCAUCAGAAGAGCAGAAGAAACAGCUCGCUCAGGACACUGGACUCACCAUCUUACAAGUGAAUAACUGGUUUAUUAAUGCGCGCAGACGGAUAGUGCAGCCCAUGAUCGACCAGUCCAACCGCGCAGUGAGUCAGGGAGCUCCGUUCAGCCCCGACGCUCAGGCCAUGGGCGGCUUCAUGCUGGACGGGCAGCAGCACAUGGGCCUGCGAGCUCCUGGUGCGAUGGGAGGAAUGGGUAUGAACAUGGCGAUGGAUGGACAGUGGCACUACAUGUAGCACUGCAAUAGGAAUCAACUCUGCUGUUUGUUGAAUUGCACACACACACACACACACACACACACACACACACAAACAGAAAAACACACUUCUUCCAUGGACUGAAGAAAACUUCAGCAGAAAAGAAAAGGAGGCGAUGUUUUUGUGUUUUUCCAGAAGAGUUUAUUAGUAUUUUAAUUAUUUAUUUAUUUGAUUUAAAGAGAAAAUGUAGAGACUCCACGAGUGUCUCAAACAGUCUCUCUCUCUCUCUCUCUCUCUCUCUCUACAACUCUAACCCUGGAUGUCCUGAAACACUAACUAGCGAGAGUUCUUACUCUACAGGACAUCAGCACAAAUUAGAGUCGAGCGAUCGUUGACUUUGAUCAUUGUUUCACUUUAUUUAUUACAUUAUAAAGGCUCUGUUCAGCCUCAGAUUCAUGAUCAUGGCCUUACGUGUUACAGCUGAAGUGGACGUGAGCAGACGGAGGAGGCAUCAUGACGGAGUGUGUGUAAGGGUUGUUGUUUACUGUGAAACACACGUGUGUUAAAUACAUACUAAAUGUUUUUAAGUGAUCUGAGGUCACACACGUU